AUGAUUAUCUACCGAGACCUCAUCAGCCACGGUGAGAUGUUCUCCGACAUUUACAAGAUCCAGGAGAUCGCAGACGGGCUGUGCCUGGAGGUGGAGGGCAAGAUGGUCAGUAGAACAGAGGGUGCCAUUGACGAUGCGCGCAUUGGUGGUAAUGCCUCCGCUGAAGGCCCAGAGGGCGAAGGCACCGAAAGCUCAGUAGUCACUGGUGUAGAUAUUGUACUGAACCAUCACUUGCAGGAAACCAGCUUCACAAAAGAGGCCUACAAGAAAUACAUCAAAGAUUAUAUGAAAUCAAUCAAAGGCAAACUUGAAGAACAAAGACCAGAAAGAGUAAAAGUGUUUAUGACGGGGGCUGCAGAGCAAAUCAAGCGCAUCCUUGCUAAUUUCAAAAACUAUCAGUUCUUUAUUGGUGCAAACAUGAAUCCAGAUGGCGUGGUUGCUCUCCUGGACUACCGUGAGGAUGGCGUGACCCCAUUUAUGAUUUUCUUUAAGGAUGGUUUAGAAAUGGAAAAAUGUUAAUAGAUUCGAUGAAGGGAAAGAG